CGGGCACCUGUCAACUUACCCCACAUGGUCCUAUCCGCAUAGAGUAGUUCCUGGGCGACAGCGAACACUGCAGCAGCAGGGACCAGUGCACAGCUGUGAACACGUCCAAAAAUCAAUUUACGCCCUACAAACGCGUCUCCCGUCACCUCCAAUUUCUCCUCCGACAACCCAUUCUUGCUUCGUCCAAGGCGACCUCUUGGCAAUUCGCCAUUUUACGACAUUGGGAAGAUCAGAUAUUGCUUCUACUUUGCUUUCAUCCUACGCAUUGGCCCAUGCGACACCAUGGCGGUCACUUGUCCGAUCUGCAACCAGGCCGUCAAGGGCCUCGACAAGAUCAACAGCCACAUCGACUCCGGAUGCCAGUCCUUCCUCGAGACAGAAGCUGAACCCCAAAGUAGUGGACAACAAAGUACCCAGAACGGAAAUCUACCACCAAGCUCAACCCAAAAGAAACGAACAGCCGCCGACUUCUUCCAGACUCCUGCCAAACGACUGGCGGGGUCAAAGAUACCCAUUGCUUCAACACCAAUACCAGUUCAUGGCAGUGCUGCUUCGACUGCUGCGCAAACCCCGAGGACGGGGACCAAGAGGAGGUUUGAUGAUGGACCGGGAUUGGAUUCGCCUUCGGUAGACGCGGCGAGGAAUAAGAAUGGGGUCAAUGGGAAUGGAGAGACACCACAACCGAAUGGAAAUGCUGGAGGAGGAGCAGCAGGAGGAGGAGGAGGAGGAGAAGUACAGCCCAGCCCACCGAUCCAACCCCUAGUAAAGCGCACAAAAACGAACAACCGAUCCGCUCCCCUAGCCGAGCGCAUGCGCCCCGGCUCUCUCGACGACGUCUUCGGCCAAGACCUAGUCGGGCCCAACGGCGUCUUGCGCGCGCUGAUCGAAACCGACCGAGUGCCCUCCAUGAUUCUCUGGGGCGGUUCGGGAACCGGCAAGACGACCAUAGCGCGCUGCAUUGCGCAGCGCACCGGCAGCCGCUUCAUCGAGCUGAACGCGACCAGCUCGGGCGUGGCCGAGUGCAAGAAGUAUUUCGGCGAAGCGGCCAACGAGCUCCAACUAACAGGGCGCCGCACCAUCAUCUUCUGUGACGAGAUCCACCGCUUCACCAAAGCGCAACAAGACAUUUUCCUCAAACCCGUCGAAGCAGGCACCAUCACGCUCAUCGGCGCCACCACCGAAAACCCAUCCUUCAAAGUCGUUCCCGCUUUGCUUUCCCGGUGCCGAACUUUUACUCUUCAACCUUUAUCGCGCGACGACCUCCAGCGCAUCUUGCUACGAGCCCUAAAACAGGAAAUAACCGACCAACACCUCCCCCUCAGCCCACUAAUAGACGACGAACUCCUCUCCUACCUCUGCGCCUUUGCCGACGGCGACGCGCGCACGGCCCUCAACCUCUUGGAACUCGCUUUGUCCCUAACCACCAACCCCAAGCCCUCCUCUUCAUCAGAUCCAAAUUCUGUCCUCCUCACCAAAGAAUCCAUCAAGCACUCCCUAACCAAAACCCUCGUCUACGACCGCGCCUCCGACCAACACUACGACACCAUCUCCGCCUUCCACAAAUCCAUCCGCGGCUCCGACGCCGACGCCGCCCUCUACUACCUGGCACGAAUGCUCCAAUCCGGCGAAGACCCGCUCUUUAUCGCCCGCCGCCUGGUAGUCAUCGCCUCCGAAGACGUCGGCUUAGCCGAUAACACCCUUUUGCCGCUAGCAACAGCUACUUACACAGCCACACAACAAAUCGGUAUGCCCGAAGCUCGUAUCCCCCUUGCCCAUUGCACCGUCGCUUUGUGUCUCGCUCCCAAAUCCACGCGGGCAUAUAGGGGACUUAAUAAUGCUUUCUCAGCGUUGAGGGAGCCGGGGGUUGCGGCGUUGCCGGUGCCGCUGCAUUUGAGGAAUGCGCCGACGAGGUUGAUGAGGGAGAUGGGGUACGGGGCGGAGUAUAAGUAUCCGCCUAAUUAUCGGGGGGGAAGGGUCAGGCAGGAGUAUUUGCCGGGGGAGUUGGUGGGGAGGAGGUUUUUGGAGGAGAGGGAUUUGGGGACGGAGGUGGAUCCUGAUGUUGAGACGGGGGAGGGUGAUGGGGAUGGCGGUGGGACGGAGGGGGUGAAUGGGAAUGGGAUGGCGUAGGGUUGUUUUGUUGAUGGUUGUGUGGCUUAGGGUAUGGUUGUUGAUGAUUGAUGUGCAUUUGGAGCGUUAUAACGGUUAUGGAUAAGUCUACUCGUUGGCGGCUGGCGUUUGUGUGGAUUAUACA